GCAGAGCAUGUCGGGAGUUGUAGUUGUCCCGAUAGGGCCCCGCCCCUCGGCCGGGCGGUGACGCCACUUCCGGGCCGGCCCCCCGGAACCUUCUGGCUGGCGUUGGCGCCCCUGUCACCGCCACGUCGGGGGCAUGGUGAUUUCAGAAAGUAUGGAUAUACUCUUCAGAAUAAGAGGAGGCCUUGAUUUGGCUUUUCAGCUAGCUACUCCUAAUGAAAUUUUUCUCAAGAAGGCACUGAAACAUGUGUUGAGUGACCUGUCAACCAAGCUUUCUUCAAACGCUCUCGUGUUCAGAAUUUGCCACAGUUCAGUGUAUAUAUGGCCUAGCAGUGACAUAAACACCAUUCCUGGAGAACUGACUGAUGUUUCUGCUUGUAAGAACAUACUGCGCUUUAUUCAACUUGAGCCAGAAGAAGAUAUAAAACGAAAAUUCAUGAGAAAGAAAGACAAAAAGUUAUCAGACAUGCAUCAAAUAGUAAAUAUAGAUCUUAUGCUGGAAAUGUCAACCUCCCUGGCAGCUGUAACACCCAUCAUUGAAAGGGAAAGUGGAGGACACCAUUAUGUUAAUAUGACUUUACCUGUCGAUGCAGUUGUAUCUGUUGCUGCAGAAGAAACAUGGGGAAAAGUUCGUAAACUUCUAGUUGAUGCAAUUCAUAAUCAACUAACUGAUAUGGAAAAAUGCAUUUUGAAAUAUAUGAAAGGAACAUCCAUUGUGGUCCCUGAACCACUGCACUUUUUAUUACCAGGGAGAAAAAAUCUUGUAACAAUAUCGUAUCCUUCAGGAAUACCAGAUGGUCAGCUGCAGGCUUACAGAAAGGAGUUACAUGAUCUCUUCAAUCUGCCUCAUGACAGACCCUAUUUCAAAAGGUCUAAUGCCUAUCACUUUCCUGAUGAGCCAUACAAAGAUGGUUACAUUAGAAAUCCACAUACUUAUCUUAACCCACCUAACAUGGAGACUGGCAUGGUUUGUGUGGUCCAGGGCAUAUAUGGUUAUCAUCAUUAUAUGCAGGACCGGAUAGACGACAAUGGCUGGGGCUGUGCUUACCGAUCUCUGCAGACCAUCUGCUCUUGGUUCAAACAUCAGGGAUACACAGAGAGGCCCAUUCCAACACACAGAGAAAUCCAGCAGGCUCUGGUUGAUGCCGGCGACAAACCAGCAACAUUUGUCGGAUCACGGCAAUGGAUUGGAUCUAUUGAGGUACAGCUGGUACUAAACCAAUUGAUUGGUGUCACUUCAAAAAUACUGUUUGUCAGCCAAGGUUCAGAAAUGGCCUCUCAAGGACGGGGACUGGCUAAUCAUUUCCAAAACGAAGGAACUCCAGUUAUGAUCGGGGGAGGAGUUUUGGCCCACACAAUACUAGGAGUUGCAUGGAAUGAGAUUACAGGGCAGAUAAAGUUUCUGAUUCUAGAUCCACAUUAUACAGGCGCUGAAGACCUGCAAGUUAUUUUGGAAAAGGGCUGGUGCGGAUGGAAGGGCCCAGACUUUUGGAACAAGGAUGCAUACUAUAACUUAUGUCUUCCUCAACGACCAAAUAUGAUUUAAAAUAAUAUAUUAUUAGAUUGAAGACUGCAGUAGAGUGGUAUUAUAAAUUGGUGGAUAAAGAAUCAGUUUAAUUUCACAUUAAAUUCUGGUCUUAGUUUGACAGUUUAAACUAUGACCUUUUUCAAAGGUUGUAAAUACUGCACAGAGAAUGUAUUUUUCACACAUCCCUUUAAUAACUUAAAAGACAAAGCAUACACAACCAGCAUAUUACAGGCAUGUAAAUACAUGUGUUCUUAAAUGGAUCUUCACUUGGAAGAAAGGAUUUCCUCCUUCUCAGAAGGCGUUUAGACACAUAUGGUAAGCCAAAAGCUGGAGCUCAUACAUCUGCAUGAAAUGAAGGCGUUUCUUCAGACUUCUUCAUGACCCACGUGACAUCUGUUUUU